UUAUUUAUGGUUUUUUUAUCAAGGGGUGGAUUUGAAUUCACGCAAAAGAUAGCAAAUGCAGGGUUAGGGUCUGGCCGAGGUGAGGGGAUGGUCUAGUCAGAAAAAUCUGUUUGUUUUUUCUCUCUACUUGGAAGGAGUGGAACGGAGGUGAGCCGAAUGCGAAAGGAGAGCUUGUGCGAUGAUGUUGGUGAUGAUGUUGAUGCGAGUGAACCUUGGAGCCUCGAGCAUCUCUCCCCAUUCAACGCUUGCAAGGCGUCCUGCUCUAGCUGCUGGGACUAGGCCAUUUCGAAUGGGCCCUGGGGCAUGCAUCAUCAUCGCUUCACUUAUGUCCUCCAUUACACCUUCGCAGUCAGCAUAGGGAGUCGGAACCGGGGCUGCUUAACAGUUGUUUCAUCGACGCAUGUACCGUGGCGCUUCACUGGACUGCCUCGAAGAUUCUGAUGGCGUAAUUCGGAACUGGUUGUGCACUGGCUGCGCUUUUACAUUGCACCGAGAGGAUGUUAGGGGAGGUUUGAGAGAGAGAAAGAGAGAGAGAGAGAGAGAGAGAGAGAGAGAGAAAGCGCUUGACCUAAAGGUGAGUGAUGAUCGUGCUUAUUACCUUUUUACGCAACUGCGGUGAUGGUGCUUAGGGUUUGGCGAGUUUUGAAGUUUGCAAGGGGGGCUGGCGAGUUUCGUUGAUAGUUGCUGGCGUGGCGUGAGAACAUUAGUUACCGAAUGUUGAUGGAAUUGGGGUUUGGGAGCGAGGGUGAGGUGGACAGAGGUUGAGCAGGGGUAAGGGAAUUAGUGAGGGAAUGGGAGUAGUGAGUGGAUUGGAAUGUGUGUAUUCAAGUUGGAAGUCAAGGUGAAUUGUGGAUGGUGUUGCAUUGCCAGUGUUGCGAGUGCCGCAAGUCUGGAGUGAUGGAUGGGGGAGAUGGCACACAUGGUUGAUGGGUUAGGAUUUCUUGGAAUGGGUGAGUGUGAUUUUGGAGGGUAGUUUUUUUUUGGUCGCGGACGGGACAAUGGAGUAUUGUGAUGAAGAUAUGGGGUGAUGGUUCAGACUGAGCAAUAGCUCCGAGGUUGAUUCUUGCAUGAAGAUUUCGCCUUUGAUUUGUUACGCUGUGUCGCGAGAUUUAUGACACGGUUUGCUCACUUCAAUCGAUGGAAGGUGGACCUGUAAUGGUUACCUUCUCGUACUGGAUUAAAAUGCGAGCAGAGUGAAGAUCAGUCUGUUUGUCGAUGGUGAAAUUGAGAUGGAUGCCUCACUGCGAAGGGAGUGUUCAGCUCCAGAAGUUCCUCUGCAAGUCGAGGCCUCUGGCGGCACAGAAGCUGGUUACAAUAUUGGGAAGCAAGGCACCUCGGGCGUUUUAGAAGCGCAACCAACUGGAGUAUCAAGUGUUGAGCCGAUGCAAAAUGCGGAGGCUUCACCUUUAGAUGGCAGCUCAAAAAUGCCAGUUCACGUGUCGAAAGGGGGCACUAAUGAAAAUUUUAGGGUUUUUGGCUCCAGUACAGCUGAGAAUCUUGUUAUGCCUACUCUCCAAAAUUCUGACAACGGGAAUGUUGAAACAUUGAAGAAAGAGCAUGUGCUGAGUUUGAAAAAGAGUUCAAUAGAGAAUGGAGCAAAAAGGGAGAGCGAAUUAAGUAAUGGGUCCAAGGGUGUUCUCAAAGACAUCCCGCCAAAGUCGCAAGUUCCAAUGCGGAAAUUGGCAAGGAAGAGUGGGUUGUUGAAAUCAGAAACAAUCCCUGCGCCGAAAACUGAGUUAUCUGUUGCUGAUGCGGUGAAGGAAGGGAUACUGAAGAAAGAACGAGAAGAGCAAGAUAGGAAGGAGGCAGUAGAUGCUGUUAUGGAAAUUCAUGGUGUGAGGAAACAAGUUACCGGGCAUGCAGUUUCCUUCCCUGGAGUAGCGGGGCCUGAAAGUGGGAGAUUAUGUCAUUGUUGUAGUCGGCCAGAAAGUUCCAAGUCCACUAUAUUUUGUGACAAGUGUGAAAGGGGCUUUCAUGUGGAUUGUGUGAAACAUUGGCCAAAACCGGCUCAAGAACUUGAUGUAUGGCACUGUGGACCUUGUGGUCUACAGCCUGGUCACUACUGGCCCUUGGGCAGGGUUUUAAUAAUUUAUGAUAAUGCAGUUGCGGAGUACAAAAAAUAUUCUUCAAGUUUCUUGACGACUUUGCAGAGGAAGGAAGAAUCGAGCUUUGGUACCUUUUCACAAGGCAUGGGUCAAACGACACAUGAGAAGUCUGACGGACUUGAAGGUGUUGCAAAAGUUAAAGUUAUAAGAGAUUUUAAGAAAGAAGCGAGAAAGGGAAACUCUAAAGUAAGCAAGGCCGUUACCUCCAGUGUAUCAGUUGUUUCAAAGGCAGGUCCUGGGAUGCCCUUGCAUGUUAAGGAAUUUGGGUCAGUGACUGAUAUCGAAGCGUCAGGAGAAUCCGUACAACAACCAAAGCCGCUUAGUUACUCUGGGUUUGUACCUAUACAGCCCAAAUCUUCGUUGAGCUCUAUUGCUCCGAUUGUGAAUUUCAUGGUCCCUCCUGAAGCAAAUGCUGUCAAGACGUUGACAUCUCCAAAUGUUCCCAUUCCGCCCAGUCAUCAAUCAAGGAAUAUCUUGCUGUUUAAUGAAUUCACUGUGAGUAGCACACCAGGUUUUUCUCACACAGGGUCCAUAUCCUCACAUGUGGCGGAACCUAAAGUUCUGUACACGACGAGUAAAGACUCAACAGGUCCAACAGCUUUAAGCUCGAAAAUUGAAAUUGCUUCAGUUCGCUCUCAGCAUCAGAAAACCUCAGUUAUGGAUCAGUAUGCUGCCUCACCUAAGCCAAAUUUAUUAGGCUUUUCGCAUUUGUCUUCCACCCCGAACCAAAUGAGUGUCCAGCAGAAAACAGCUCUAGCAAGUGGAGCUGUUAGCAUAGAGGUUUCAUCUACGGAGAGACUCAGGCCUUUUGCAGUUGGAGAACGCUUAACAGAGAGGGAGGAACUUCUGAAAGAAGCAAAAGAUUCUCUGAAUCAGUUGCGAACGUUCAUAACUGCUCUUAAGGGAAACCUUGCAGAAGACUGGCGUGUUAUUUUAAGGAAGAGACCUACGGGUGCUCAAGAGAAGUUUUAUCUCUCUCCAGCUAAACGGAAGUACAGGUCUAGACAAGACGUGGCUCGGUUCCUUGGCCUUGUGGAUGAUCCCAAAUGUCAGAGAACAAAACCUUGCAAUCUCGGGACUUCAUUAGAUAAGCCAUUGGACAAAAACAACUCCCACCCACCAGCAAGUCAAGCCAAUGCAGUGACAAAUUUGCCCAUGUUCUGUGGAGAUGUGAUGAUUGAGAAGCUUGGGGUAAUCGACUCUCGGCCGACAUAUUCUGAUGAGCAUCACAUUUGGCCUGUUGGUUUUCGGUCUUCUUGGCAUGAUCCUGAGACCAGAUCAUAUUGUAUAAGUGAAGUAGAGGAUGGUGGAGAAUUAGGACCAAUUUUUCGUGUCACAAGAAAGCUCGUGAUAGUUCCUGCAAACGGCAAAAAUGAUCUUUUGGCAACUUCGAGCUUAGGGGAAGCUGCAUUGGAUAUAAGUGGUAUUCCUGUCGAACCCAAGAAAGUAAAGAUUUGGGAGGAUAUAUCUAGUUCACAUGAGGUCACAUCGGAAGUAGUCAGUGCUAAGAUAGGAGAUAGUAGCAUAUUCAAAGUGCCCACAGAAGGCAAUCAAAUAGAUGCUCAGAAACAGCACACAGAGGUAUUUAACAAGCACGCUUCCAAGUUUGGAGUGAACAUUGAGGCAGGUAGUGAGAAAGAGGGGGUUUCCCAAUUUGAAGAAGCUCGUGAAGGUAAAACUAGCAUUAUGAACGGUGACCCUUCAAGUGCUUCAUCUACUAAGCAGAUUUUAGCUAGUCACUCUAUCGGUCAAUCUAUUAUUGACCUCACAGAAGAGAAAGAACUCCCCCUAAAGCCUCAUUCGGAGACUGUAUUAGAUAUCAAGGUGUCCGCUUCAGAUGUCAAGGGUGAUCUCAGUACCAUAGAUGUGACGAAAGAUGCAUGUGCCUCGGAAAACGUGAAAGUGAACCUUCACCAUUCCGAGACUCCACCUGUGGUGAUUGAACUAUCUGAUGAAGAGGAUGAGAAACCUUCAUCUUUAGUAUUUUCAGACAAAGCGUCAGCUGCUGCUAGAGAAGGCCCUGGAAAAGCUUCGGGGUUUUCACUACCGCACAUCAAACCUCUCCCAAAUAACUUGAUGGAAGAGCUCACUGUGGAAGCUCGAAGGCCCGGUGAAGCCUGGAAAGUGUUCGGUAAGAAAUUUGUAGAGCAGUGCAAGAAAUCCUUGGGGUCCGGUCUUAAUUGUGCUGUUCCCAUUCUGGACGCCACCAAUGACUACGUGAUUUACAAUUCAGGCACUUCUACUCUUUGGGAUGGAAGCACUGACAUUGCAAAUGCAGCCUUGUUAAAUCAGAAGAGUGUUGAUGGAAGUGAGACAACAAAGGCUCUGUUUUAUGAUAGGCUGGAGAAGAGGUUAGGGGAGGAUCGUUUUGGGCUGAAUUUACCAGUAGUCCAGAACAUGAUUAAGGCUCUCCGAAUUGGGAAGCCAGCAGGUUAUGAUGAAGCAUGGGUGAAGGGAGUUGAUCAGAUUGAUGAAGCUGCACAUACCGCAUCCUUGUCUUUACCAUCUCAGAUCAAAGAAACUGCUGUGACCCCGUCUGAUCCUUGGAAAAGGAAGAAGAGAAAGAAAAAUCUUGAUUUAUUAGCUGAAGGAAAUGUGAAAAAGGGGAAACCAUCAUCUGCGGAACCGGCUGCUCUUCAUCCAUUAGACUUGAGAGCAGGGGAGCAAUUCGGAAUCGAAAAAGUUGUUUUCCGAAACUUGCCACCUGUUUCGUCCACACCUACACCUCUACUCGCUUCGGCUAUUGGGUUAGGACAAGCAACUGGACCCAUAACGACAGCAGUGGCAGCAGCAGCAGCAGCAGCAGCAGCAGCACCCCCGCCUCCUGUAGUUAUAAUUGAAGAGCCUCGUCAGCCACCUCCAGCUGGCGAGCCUAUUUUGAAGAGGCUUCCUUCUGAGUUGGUCGGAGAUUUACUUCAGGUGUGGGAGUUCUUGUGUCGAUUCUCAGACUUGUUUGGGCAAGACGUGCGCUUCACGCUUGAGGAUCUGGAAGCAGGUCUACUGGAUGUCGGACCUGUCAGAGAAGUUGAAGUUACGACAGAAGCCAAGGACUGCUCUGAACUUUCUGGUAGGAAGGGAAGGGUGAGCACUGUGGUGGAUUUUUCUGAGCCAAGUGUGAGAACUGGGCGGGAAGGAGUUGAAUAUGUGGUUGAUCUCUCCGAAUCAUCGGAAAGAGAUCCAAUGAAGGGCGACAAAGUCUUGAACAAAUUCAUUGGCACAGCAGACAGAAGUCAUGAGAGUGCAGAAGUCCCUGACCUUGGGCAAGGAUUUAAUGCCGUAAUGGGGAUUGUGGAAGAUGCUGAAAUGAAAGAGGAAUGUUGCGAGGAUUUGAAACUUGAGGGGAAGGAGUCGAACUUGCAUGCAUUGGAGGAAGAACAAAGUGGAACGAAAAAUGCAGUUGAAGUAUUUAAAGGAACAGUUAGCAAGGGAAUUGCAUUUUUGGCAGAAGCACACAUUCCCUUAUUAAAAUUUCUUGUAUCUGAUCUGAAGUUUCGAAUAUCGAGGGGUUUAAAUGAAGACGAAGUAGAGGAGCCAAAAAAGAGAGGAAGGAAGCGUAUUUGUGAUGUAGGACCUCUCCCUCCUGAGUUUGGUGAUGAUCUUCCCAUGAACGCAGUUACAUGGCCAGAAGUUGCUCAUAGAUAUCUUGUUGCCAUUUUAGACGUGAAAAAGCAUGGUGAUAUAACAGAGCUAGCUCCGGAUGAGCGCAAAAAGCUUAUGAGGUACUUCGAAGGAGAUGGCGGUGUGAUGGGUGGUGCUGUUGAGGGCGUCGUGGGAGUUGAAAGUGAUGCUCAGGUAUUAGCAGAAGCAGAGAAAGAGUUGACAGUAAGAAUGCCAAAAACAGUCGAGAAGGACAUAGUAAUUUUUGUUCCUCAAGAAUGGGAUGUUGCAUUAACGCCAAUUAAUCCGGCUCCAAAGAAAGCCAAGAACAGAAAGACUGGGGACCUGGACCCUUUACCAAAGUGGGUUGAGGCAUUGGAACCCGUACGCAAAAUGCCAACUAAUUUGGGUACAAAACUUAAACUUCAAGUUCAGGAAGCGUUGGAUUAUGAUCCUCCUGACUGGGCUAAAGGCACUUUAGAGUGGUCACUUAGUAAAGGCACCUUCAAAAGCAAUGCUGCUGGCACUACAAAGAGAGCUGUUCUGGAGGUCUUGGCCCAGUAUCAUGGUGAGGAGUUGAAGGCUAUAAACGCUCCACGUAUUAGAAAGGUGAAAGCUGCUCCAUCUGCGGAGCAUCUCAUGCAACGUUGUAGAAUUGUCUUACGUGAAGUGGCAAAAGCUGACAGCAAGCAGGUCUUUGGUAAUUUGAUGGGUGGUGCUUCUGCUGUCAAGUCUAGUAAAGAUGUAGGAACAUUGGCACGACCUUUAGACUUUCGAACCAUUGAUGCGCGCCUUGCUGCGGGAGCGUAUGGAGGGUCAACGGAUGCAUUUGCUGCUGAUAUGAGACAGAUUUGGAAGAAUGUAGAAUCAGUGCACAAAAGUGGCAGCGCAAUAUUGGAACUUGCCAACACCUUGUCUCAAUUAUUUGAAAAGCUGUAUCUAAAGCAGGUGGUGAGCCUAAUCAAGGGUAUGCCAGAUACCAAAGAUGACAAAGAGAAGGUUAGUGAUGUGGAUACAAAGGUGGAUGGCUCUGUGAGGUCUAAUAGUAAAGCGGGAACAAAAGGUUCAGGAAAUGCCGCUGACGACAAGCUUGGCAAAGCACCCUGGGAGGAUGAUACUACUUGCCGGGUGUGUGGCGUAGAUGAGGACUAUGAUAGUAUACUCCUCUGUGAUGGUUGUGAUGCAGAGUAUCAUAUAUAUUGUUUGGUUCCUCCACUUGAGAAAGUACCUAAAGGUAACUGGUUUUGCCCAUCUUGUGUGGCUGUGGAAGAAGGCUACCCAGAGGCACCCUCUCUUGGGGAGGCUGAAUUACGGGAAAUGCAGGAAGAAAAGGAACGGCCUGUGGCAGGUAGCAUAUUGAAAUUGGAGUACGAGGAUGAGAAAGUGCCUUCUAUUGUUCUAGAAAAGAAGCCUGAGGCGGAAAAGAUCGGAAGGGAGCUUAGAUCGGGGAUUGUGGCGGGAUUAGCUGUGGAGGAUGAGGCUCUUUGUGAAGAACCUGAUGCUCAUUUUCCUGCUGUGGAAAUCUCCGUGGAGGCCUUGCUUAAGAAAUUGGAAGAAAAAGAUUAUUGGCAAUUAAGUUUGCCAGAUAAAUUAUUCGUGUUGAAGUUUCUAUGUGAUGAAGCAUUGAAGACUCCUCAAGCUCGUGCUCAUCUUGAAAAAAGCGUAGAGGUUACCCUGGAGUUGCAGCAGCAGCUCCGAGAUCUGGUUGCAGAGCGCUUGAAAAUAGUGGUGCCCAUGGACGUUAUAGGCCAUACAAAACCUAUUGAUAAAGAUAAUUUACAGAAGCCUCAAACAAACUCCUUGCCAGGGCCAAGUUUAGAUACAACGGAGCUCAAAGAUGGAGUAGGGACAGCUGUACGAGCUUCGGGGCUUGAACUGGAGUCAUUAGGAGUUGCAGAAACCCCAAAACUGACUACAGUCUCAUUUCCAACGUCAAAUAGUGAUGAUGAUGUUCUAGUGAUCGGAAAAUUCAGUUCAAAAACGAUAACACAAGAAAACAAUGCGGGAGUUGGAAAGGUAGUGCAUGAUCUGGACCUUAAUGUUGAAGCUGGAAAGGAACCUGAACCUGAUCAUUUGCGAUCAGAUCACAAUGCAUCAUUUGGCACCAGCCCAGUAGAGUUGAACAAGGAGCGGCUGCUGGUGAAAGGUUUCGAGAAUACUAAGCCAGUCGAACUCGAUGCCGUUACGGCCUCUCAAACCGAGAAUACUGUUAAAGUAAUUCUGAAUCAACUAUCACCUGACCAAAAGCCUGGGUUACUGCAGGACUCUGAACAAAGAGCGUCAGAACAUCAUGGUAGGGCACGUGAAAGUGAUAGUGGCCGUAUCCAUGUGGCUAGCGUUACUGAGGGUGUAGAGGAUGUUGUUACUAUUCAGCCUGACGCAGCUUCUAGGCCAUUGAAUCCUUUGAAAAGGAGUCUUGUGAUAGGGGAGUCCAAUCUUCCAAGCACAAGUAUGAAUGGGCCCGAGAAUGUGAAAAAGGCUAAGAAAGAGGAGAAUGCUAUCCAAAGCACUCCGUCUGGUAUUCAUGGUACGGAGACUAAUGAUCCAAUCAAGGAGCCGUCAGAUGCUCAGGCAACUGCAUCAAAGAUCCUGGAAGAUAAAGAUGCCAGAACUAAGGCAUUACAGACUGCAAGAGAACUAGAUAUGAAAAUCACCAAAUUGGGGUCUAAACUUUUCAAUCUCACUUUGAGAAGAGAGCACAUAGGCACAGAUCAUCUUGGAAGGGAGUAUUGGGCAUUGACUGGGAUUGAUGGGAGACCCUGUUUAGUUGUUGCUGAUACGUCUGCUCCUCAGGAGCGAGCUGGCCAAGGCACUAAUUCUGGUUCUUGUAGUCAAACGGUAGAAUUUCAGGGCAUUGAAGACCGUACUACUUCUCCAAUAGUUCCGUCGGUAUCCAAAGGCUCAUCUGAGGAUAAAGAGAAAGACGUUUUAAACUUGAAGACGAUGCAGGAAAGAACCAAGUGGGUUCAUUAUAAAGGUGAUAAAGCUUUAGAUGAGCUGGUGAAGUGGCUCAGUCCUAGAGAUCAGCAUGAACGAGUACUUAGGAUUUCCAUCUAUCAUUGGCGAAGAUCAUUGUACCCGAGACAUCUUCUUUACAUGCCUGAUAUGAAAACUGCUGUCACCACGACGGAGCCAAGCAAGGUCGUUGAUGAGUCCAGGGCUAUUAAGGAAACGCCUUUCUCAGAGAUGGAGGAAAUCAGCCACAUUCGGAGUUUUCCUGCCGUAAAUGCAAGAAAGUUACUGCUGAAAAGACACACUGCACUUAACACCUCCAGUCGUAGUGACUUGGUACAUCAGAAAGAGUCUCACGAUUCAAAGGAGAUUCUGGAUAAAAAAUCCAGUGUGCUAAGGCGAUGUGAGUGCCUAGAGCUGCUAUGGGAUUCCCGAUACCAUUGUCUGUCGUGCCAUGAAACAUAUGAAUCAUCAGCUGAGUUCCAGACUCAUUCGAAUGACUGCCCUCCUGGAAGUAAGCCCAGCACUGAAAAUGGAUGCAAAGACACUCCUGCACUUAUACCUGCUAAAGCUAAGAAAGUUGCUCAUGAUAGCAGAAAACUUGCUGUGAAGAUGAAAAAGCUAACAUCUUUCGAUAAAGCUUCAGACUUGUCCCAAUCUGUUGCUAAAGUUGGGAUUACAACCAGAAGUGAGAGGUUAAGAAGAGUUCUGAAGAGAGAAAGUUUGCAACCAACUGUCGAUGAUGAUGUAGACAUGGACCCUGCUGAGUCUAUGGAGUUUCUACCCAAGAACGUUGAAAGCUUGCAAACUCAGAAGAUUUUAAGCACUGGAGGUGGGAAUCCUAUUGAGCACACCUCUACUGGUCUCUCGAAGGCAUUGGAAGGGUUUAUAAAUCCCUCUUCCUCGACAGUGUUGCCUCAUGCAUCAGGCCAACCCGUGGAACCUACGCAGGAGCCAAGAGUGGAAGCUGACACUUUUGAAGUCACUUUUACUGUGGAUGAUUUUGAUGCCAAUUCAUCGCCUUCACAAUUUGGUGUCAGGAGUGAGAAGCGGAUUUCGGAUUCCAAUCAAUUGCACGAGCUGAAGGUUCUAAACACCAAUCAGUUAAAUUUGAAUUGCUCAAAUAACCGGCACAACGGUCAAGGCAAUGCUGGUCUUUGGGUUGAUGACUUGAAUAUCUCUAAUCCAGGUGCCCGAGGAACGGACUUGAAUGCUAACCAGUUCAAUUGCUCAAAUAACCUUCAUGGAAAUCAAGGAAACAGCGGUGGUUGGGUGAAUGACUUGAACAUCUCUGACAAACAAGUCAGAGACCAGGAGUUGUUCCAUUCUCAGUCAAAUUGCUCAAGUAUUUCACGAAAUCGUCAAGGUAAUAACGGUGGAUGGAUGAAUGACUUAAAUAUCUCGAGCCACAGUUUUAGCGACCAGGUGAUGGAUUUCAACAGCUUGAAGUACGCGAGCUCUUCACAGGGUGGUCGUGGUAAUAGUGGCGGAUGGGCGAAUGAUCUGAACGUUGCUACGCAAGCCUUCAGAGAAGACGCUUCUUUAUUUGGGUAUCAUCCUCCUGCUCCAGCACUGAUUUCUACCCCUGGGUCUGGUAGAGAGCGAGCGAGUCAGAUUAAAUUUUUAAACCGAGGUCCAUCCUUUGCGUCACCUGUUCAAAGCCACCUUGCUUUUGAUUCCUCACUUAUGGUUGGAUCUUCUCCUGCUUAUCCAUCUAUGGAAAGUUUUAAUUCUUUAGAAACUUCAAACCCUGUAGCUUCCCAGUAUCAACAGUUUUUGUCCUCUCGUAACACCCUGAGCCAAGCACCUGUCCCGAACAGUAACUUCCUGCUCUCCUUAAAUGGCACGAACCCUAAAUCUGUCUCUUACAAUCAGUACCUUACCCCUUUAGAUCACGCAAACUCUCAGCAACUAAGUUUUCAGCAAUUGUUGUCCUCAAAUGAUUCUUUGAGUACCUCACCUUCAUCCUAUCCUGACUCCCUUCCCAGUCCAGAAAAUGCCAAUACCACCCCUCUAUCCCAUUCCAACCUUAUUCAUUCUCGUGACAGUAGAAACCCACAACCUGUAUUGUACUCCCAAGGCGUCCUACCACCUGAGAAUUUAAAUUUCGAUUCAACCAGCAAAUCCCCUGCUCUUCCUUUUCCCAAUUUAAAAUAUACAAACCAGUCUACUGCACCUUACGUUGAUUUGAACCCCAAUUUUAACCAGCCUGGGUCACGCCCCGGAGAUUUGAACAUCCAUUCUAAUCCUGCGUUGUAUGCUAACUUGAACCCAAACUCCAACCCUUCGACUUCACGUCAUGCCAGCUUGAAUAUGAACUCUAGUCCUUUGUACACCAAUUUUAGCACCAAUUCACACCCGUCUGCCUCACACCACACAGACUCGAGCAUCAAUCCUAAUCCUUCUUUGACCACUGACUUGAAUAUUAGUAACCCUCUUGUCUCAUUAUGUAGUCAGUUAUCCCUUAGCAACAACCUUGUGGACUCAGAAACUAAGAACUUUGAAGUGGGGAGGUUCAAAUCAAAUUCGUGGUUUGAUUCUCAAAGCACUCCGAAGCCGUUAACUGUAGAACGCCCUCCAGUUAUCCCUACUAAACCUACUGCAAGGCGAAGUGCAACUUGGGAUUAUCUGAUAAACCUCCCCUUGUCCUCAUCUCAAGGAAGUGAGAGGCUAGUUCAGAAGCAUCAUGAAUCUUCUGGACGUCACUCAUCACCUUCACCCAUUGAAGUUGGAUCACUACCUUUUGAUCUGGUGUUUGACAAGCCAAAGCGGGAAGAUUUGAAUGAAAGUACAGUUCCCGAAGUCUAUGGUACUCUUACUCUAGACCGUAUGCUUGAUGGGCAACAAGUUCAAAGUCAAAUCAAUAACUCCUGUCGUGAUACUGUUUCUAUGGGAGCGGGCUCCGUUACUUUAGAUUUGAUGCUCGAGAAACAGGAGCAAGAGCAUGGUGUUAUUCGUCGGACGACUGGUUCCAGUGAAUUUGGUGCUUUGUCUAUAGAUUUGAUGACUGUUCCAGAGGAACAGAUGGAAAUCGCGCUGGCUGAUACUAUGGACAUUGCCGAAGGAAGAUGUAUUGACGGUGUCCAGGUUGAACCCGUUGAAGCUGCUAAAGAAACCCGUAGUGGUAAUGUUCCAGAUGGUUGCUCUGGCGCUCCCAAAGAAUCAUGUGCAGUUGCUGCGCCAGCUAUCCCCCCUGGAAAUGAUAAACUUGCUUGUAAAGACCAGGUCGAAGGACAGGGAGAAGCAGGAGUAGAUAGAGUCGAGGUCGAACAAGGGGAGGGGAAUACAAGUUCUGAACAGAGAAUAUUGUUGCCGCCUUCUGUUCCUGUUGCCGGUGCGUCAAGUGCGAGGAAGCCAGUAAAAAGAUUUCCGGUGGCGAAUGCGUCAGUGCAUCCUUUGGUUGGUGAACAGAAAUACUUGCUGAAAGGACUGCAGAUUAGCUUGUUGGAUAUGGAAGCUGCAAUGGUGAAUGAUAUACUGGAGUCCGCCCGAGCUUCACCAAUACGGCGUCGUGCUUGGCGGGCAUUUGUCAAGUCAUCCUCUUGCAUCUAUGAGGUGACGAAAGCCAUUAUUCUCCUGGAACUCAUGGUGAAGGCGGAUUGUUUGAAGCCAAGCUGGGGUUAUUGGUCUUCAUUUUCUGCAGCUGCCCGGUCAUCCUCCCUGUCUUCUUUGGCUCUAAGGCUCUUUGCUUUGGAUUCAUCAAUUGCUUAUGAGUGGGUGAAGGCUGCAGAAGAUGGGAAGGAGACUACUCUUCCCAGCAAGAGUUCCAAGGCAAAGAAAAAGAAACCGUCAGACUUGCCUUUGCCUCCACCGCCACCUCUACCUCCUAAGCAGAAGAAAAAGAAGAAGAAGAAAUAGAGAAUUGAAGUUAAAGAGUAACAAUGAUUUUAGAUGUUCAUGCUGUCUGCCUGUUCUGUUCAUAGUGAGUUCCAAGCAUGGCGGAUAGUUUAAAGCUCACCUGCAGCUGAUGGGUACUCCAACCAGCGAUUUUUUGUCCAGCCCUUUACAGUUUAUUGAGGAUCAGCAGCGCUUCAUAGACCUGGCUCUCCUUGGGCUGGCCAGUCGUGUAUAUUCACUUUGUUUAUAUUCAACACGCCUGGGUCAAACAUUCUGCACUGACAAACAUUGUCGCACUCCAGCACAUUUCAUAGAA